CACGUCAGCACCGUCCGACGAGUUCCGCGGCGCGGACGGGCGGGUCUACCACUCGCACGACGGGCUCGCGCCGCAUUCGCACGAGCCGCUCGACAGCGCGGGGAGCUUCGCGCUGCGCGCGCCGCCCUUGCCGAACCGCGACUUGGCGGAGCGUGCGUUUACUGUUGGAAUCGGCGGGCCCGUUGGGUCAGGCAAGACUGCUCUCAUGCUGGCCCUGUGUCGCACGCUGAGAGAGCAGUACAGCCUGGCAGCGGUGACCAACGACAUCUUCACACAAGAGGACGGCGAGUUCCUCAUCAAGCACGCCGCCCUCUCGCCGCCCGGCCGCAUCCGGGCGGUGGAGACGGGCGGCUGUCCGCACGCCGCCAUCCGGGAGGAUAUCAGCAUCAACCUGGGGCCGCUGGAGGAGCUUUCAGUGCAGUUUACAGCAGACAUGCUGCUGUGCGAGUCAGGGGGAGACAACCUAGCGGCCAACUUCAGCCGAGAGCUAGCAGACUACAUAAUCUACAUCAUUGACGUGUCGGGCGGGGAUAAGAUCCCGAGGAAGGGCGGCCCGGGCAUCACACAGGCAGACCUGCUGGUGGUGAACAAGACCGACCUGGCGCCGGCGAUCGGUGCUGACCUGGCAGUUAUGGAAAGAGACGCGCUGCGCAUGCGGGAUGGCGGGCCCUUGGUGUUCGCACAGGUGAAGCAUGGAGUGGGGGUACCAGCCAUAGUGGAUCAUGUGCUCACAGCAUGGAGUGCUGCCACAGGGCUGCCCAGGAGGUGA